AUGUUGAAUUCACAUAUAAAAUUGCUAUUCUAUCUUCUACUUACUAGCUCUUAUAUAAAUGCAUUUAUUCCGUAUCCAGUUAUUGGAGAUGGUGCUCAAACUAGUGAUAGUAUAACACAUACAGAAAUCACCCAAGCUGGUUUCAUUCGUUGUCUAGCUAGUUUCUUUUAUGAUACACGUAUUAAACCAAAUAACAAUAAUGGGAAUACUAUCAAUGAACAAGAAUAUUUUACUACAGAACAUACUAUCGAUGAUCUUUAUAAACUUGCAUAUCCUGAAUAUAGUCAAGCACAAGUAGAAUUAUAUUCACUUCCAUUAAAAUUUAUUCUUGAUUUGGUCAUGACAGAAGAUGCUCUUGUGGAUUUUAAUUCAAAUACAAAGAAACUUUCAGCAGCACAUUUUGAUAGUGAAGCAUUUAUAAACGGUAGCCGACGUAUUCUUCAACUUAGACAAAUAGUUGUUAAUGACACAAGUACUACCAAUAAAGAUUUGACUAAUGCUCGUCAAUCACUUGGACGAUUGCUUCAUACAUUACAAGAUUUUUAUUCACAUUCGAAUUGGAUUGAAAUGGGCAAAACGUACAUUAAUAAUCUU